AUGGAGACGCAGCUUAAAGGCGCGGCCUGGGCUGGCCAAUUUGGAGGCGUGCUCUGUCUCAUGCCAGAAACGACAGGCGAUCGGGACAUGAUUAUGGCCUCAUUCGCUCGCUCCAAACGUCUGGGUGCUACGACUAAAGCAGAUUUACGCAAGUAUAAAAGUCUGUCUGAAUUGUGGAAGGAGCGACAAGCCACUCGUGCAUCACGAGGCCUGCAGUCAGAUGUUAUUCCACCUGCUCCGGAGCCUGCAACGCCUGUGAGCACGCCCAACUCGGUCGAGGAACCGACGUCACGCUCAACAGAAGCUAACCCAGACUUGGUCUCAGAGACUCAGUCCCCCUCGCCACCCAGUCCUCUGGAUGACGUUCGGCGAUCUGAACUCUGA